CGAAAGGGUUAAUCUGGCCCUGGCCGCAAUCAGGAAACCGGCACAGCCGGUAUGGGUAUCGCCCUUUUUAUUCUGGCAUGAAUAAGAGAUGGGGCUCGCCUCCAGGGCAGCUCCUGCAACCUCCCCCCGGGGGCAGGGCCCAGGGAGGAGGGAAGGGGGGGGGACCUCCCAGGGGGAUGCUGCAAAAAAAAAGCGGGGCAAAAAAAACCCGGGGCAAAGCAAACGCAAGUGGCAUGCGCCGGAGCAAACCGAGGCUCGGCGCUCCGGGGAGACGCUCUGGCUGCCGGCCAGCGCGUCUCUAUGCUCCGUUUGUGCCGCUGCUGCUCCGGCACGCUGCGUGGCGUGCUGGAGCAAUCAGAAGUGCAGCAGAGCUCGCAGCUUCCUGCCGCCGAGUCUGCCUGGCAGCCGGGGCCUGGCUCGGGCCUGCACGGGAGCCCGGGGCCGGCGGGACUGCGGCGCAGCCGGGCACGUGGGGCAGCCGCGCCCGCAGCCCAAGCCAGCUGCAGGCAGCCGGGAGCGGCAGGAGGCCCUGUGGUUUGCUGCGGGGACCAUGCCUGACUCUGGGGAAGGGAGCCAGGCGCAGGGCUCGGCCCAGGCCCGGCACCGGGGACCCGGGUGGCGGCACGAGGAGGUGAUCGACCUUCUGGCUAUCUGGGGCCAGGAGACCACGCUGCGGCAGUUCGCGCAGGGACAGCAGCGCAACGAGCACAUCUACCGGGCGAUCGCCACGCAGAUGGCCGCGCGGGGGCACAGCAAGACGUGGCAGCAGUGCCGCACCAAAGCCAAGGGGUUGCGGCAGGAGUUUUACGCCGCGCGCGGUGCCAGCCGGCGCUCAAGGACACAGCGGUUCCCCAUGCCCUACUACCAGGAGCUGGCCCGCAUCCUUGGCCUCACGGCCACCAAGCCCCCCAGCUACCCCGGUGCCAGCAGGGGAGGAGCGGAGCCAGUGGCAGCCGGCCCAGUGCUCCAGCCUGAGUCCCCGGGAGCGGGGCCCUCUGCCAGGCCGGCCGCCCCUCUGCCGCCCAGCCAUGCCGGGAGCAACAGCGAGGAGGGACGUGCACCACAAGUGAGAACCGCUGCCGUGGCCAGCCCUGAGGCCAGACCAGAGCCGCAGGUCCCCCAGCUCCUGCGGGACGGCGACAGGAGUGGGGAGGAUCUGCCCGCGGCGUCGCGCUGGUCGGCGGAGGCCUCGCCCCCAUCGGAGGUCACCUCUGGCUCCAGCUCCCCCCAGCCACCUGGGGACCAGGACCCACUGUCUCCCAGCCGAGGUGACUGCCUCUCCCCGAGGCCCGACACCCCAUCUGCCCGGGGAGAGCCCACCGCGCAGAGCCGGGGAGCUGCCCGCCCGCUCUCACGCACACCGGGGGCCAUCCGGAUGCGCCGCCUGCGCCGGGAACAAGACGCGCGGCGGGACCGCAUCCAGGAGGAGCUGCUGCGGGCGGAGCGGGCACGCCUCCGUGAGGCCCAGGCCUUCCGCCAGCAGGUCCUGGCCGAGCUCCGCCACUUCCGCCGCGACCAGGCCCUUGCCCAGGAGGAGGCACAGGCCGGCAGGGCGGCCCUGCAGCAGCUCGUGGCAGAGAUAAGGCAGGAGCAGCAGCUGGCCCAAGACAGCUACGAGGAGCUGCGGCAACUGCGGGCCUCCAUCAACUCAGCCGUGCAGGAGGAGCGCAGGGUGUCGCAGCAGCUCCUGGCCGCCAUCCCUGCCCCAGCCGCUCCUGUCGCUGCGCCCCAGCCUGUGCCAGCCCCAGCCCCAGCUCCGGUGCAGGCUCCUGCGCCCCCCCCAGCAGGGGCAGGGCCUGUCUGGGAGCAUUUUGCCUGGCUGGUGGCUCAGCUGGCACCCCAGCAAGCCCCACGGGCCCGCCGCAGCCGUCGAGGGGCACCUCUCCUGCCUUCCCCUUCCCGGUCCUGGGCCUAGCUGCAGCAUCUGCUUCUGAGAAGGAGCGCCCGUCCUCCUCCCUGGCCAAACUGGCACGGCCACCGCACACAGGGUGGUGGCACGCAUGGCCAGGGCUCAGGGCCGAGGGGCUGCCAACCUGUUUCCCUCCUCCCCUGGUGUUUCCCCCUAAGGACCUGCUCUCCUCCCCCUGGUUCUUUAGUAAUGAGUUGCGGUUUAAUUCUGGUUUUGAAUGGGUUUGUGCAGGGGAAGGGGGGUGGGGGGUGAAUGGUCUCACGUGGGUACUGCUGCAAUGCUGAGCUGUUGGCAGUGGGGAAGUUCUGGGGAAAUGGAAAGGCAAUAAAGUUGCUUUUGUUUUCACAACA